UUCCGCCCGCGUCGCGAUGCUCGCACCGCAACGCUACAGGUGCCUGUGCCUGUAAAAAAGACAAAUGAAUGCUAGAGCAGUAAAGUGUUCAAAUUCGGAAACAUGGAUGGAAAUUCGCGAACUUACGAGUAAAUUUUGUUUACGGAACGUGUUUUGUUUGUGCCUACCACGAUAUGACAAUAACUUACAAGUAGAAGAUUAGAGGAACUACUAGUGAUGGUGUUACAAUGUUCAUAGCCGUAGUAAAACCGAUACUGUGAUACGUUGUACGCCGCAGUGGACUGUGUGUCAAGUGAUGUGGUGAAGCCGAUGGUGGUGAUGGUGCUAUACCGAACACAGGCAUGGCUUGUGGUACUGCACCUGCUUGCUGCUUUAAAAUUCGGAAGCGGUCAAGCAACUGACGUGGACGUACGACUAACAGGCCCAAGUUGGGUGGCUCGAGGCGGCUCAGCCACAUUGACAUGUGUACACCAGGUGCCUCCUCAGUUGCUUUACAAAGUGGAAUUCCUGCGAUCCGGGGCCAAGUUGCUGCAAUAUGUCCGGGAAAGAGUCCCGCCUUACACCAACUAUACCUUCGCUGGAGGACGCCUUAAUAUGUCCCUAGCGACGGAGAACUCCAUCACAAUAGAGCACCUGGACCCGUCCGCGUCGGGGCUAUACUGGUGCGAGGUGUCUUUAGAGACUCCCAUAUUUACCGCUGCUUCUCCGCCGCAUCAACUGACUGUCGUAUAUUCACAAAAACAUCCGCCGAUCAUAACGUUCGGCAAGCCCGAUGUUGUGGUGGGAGGCUUGCUUAGAGCAAAUUGCACGAGUGCCCCAGCAGCGCCUGCGCCGAGGCUCACCUGGUACAUUGAUAAUAUUAAGGUUCCCGAAGAAUCGAUAAAAUAUUUCUCCUACCGAGUGUCAAGUUUAACUCGCACGAAAGGCGGAGGCGGAUACCGUCACAGGAAACAUCAGCACCGGUAUAUUGCACCAGAAUUUAACUACACGGCCAAAUACUGGGCUUUGGUCAGUGAGACGACUACGUUACCGCCACAGACGAACACAAGCAAACAUCACAAGUGCACUUUAAAAGAUGGGCAGAGCGAAGAAAUGGCCAAGAUUCAAGAAAAACCGAGACCUCUUCCAAUUACACCAAUCUCCCUGUGGGUGUCGAUAGCGGAGCUAAGAACUCCUGCGCACGGUCGUCUGCAGCUCACUUGCACCGCCACGAUACCUGACGAUGUGGGACCUGGAGAGAAAUAUGCUGACGUUAAGAAGCAAACUGUUACUGUGGCAGUGAAUGAGCUGAGUGUGAAAAGGCCCCAUCUGGAGACAAGUCACUCGAACCCAAUGGCAUCUCGUCUUCAAAAUUACCUACUUUGGCUCUUGUUUCAACUUUCCAUUCAAUUUAAUUGAAUAUCGAAGUUUCGCACCCUCGCUUUCGUCUUCGACCAUGAUUUAUGUGCCACGCUUAUUAUCACCAACACUUAGCAAAUAUUUCUACGAUAUCGAUAUCGAGUUGUUCUCGCGACUUGUCAUUUUGCGGCCCAAAAAAGUGUUUAACGAUGCAAAUUCUGUUUCUUUUAUAGAAAUAUCAUUAUGGUUGUACUUAGUUUUUUUAUUGGAAG